AUGCCUUCUCAAGCCGCUCUCCUCAUUGGAGCCAUUGCGCAUUCGCGCAAGGAAUGGGAGAGUCUCUCCUCUAUUCUGAACCUCAAGGAAUUCCCUACCGGAACUCGCGAGGAGUUCUUGAAGAACUGCAAGGCAGGACACUACGAUGAUGUGGUCGCAAUCUACCGCUCAAACACUUCCAAUAAGUAUACCGGCAACUUCGACGCCGAGUUGCUCGCUGUCCUUCCCCCUUCGGUCAAGUACAUCUGCCACAAUGGUGCUGGAUAUGACAAUCUCGAUGUGGCAACCUGCUCGCAGAAGGGUAUCGCAGUCUCUAGCACACCUGUCGCAGUGAAUAAUGCCACUGCCGACGUGGGUAUUUUCUUGAUGAUCGGUGCUCUGCGUCAAGCCUAUGUGCCCCAAGCAGCUCUCCGGGCCGGCACCUGGCAAGGACAGACUACUCUGGGUAACGACCCCCAGGGCAAAGUACUAGGAAUUUUGGGAAUGGGAGGAAUUGGUCGCGAAAUGGCGGUGCGAGCCAAGGCUUUUGGCAUGAAGAUUCAGUACCACAACCGAUCUCGACUCCCUGCCGAGCUUGAGGGUGAUGCGACAUAUGUUUCGUUCGAUGAGCUUCUGGCCAAUUCCGAUGUUUUCAGUCUGAACCUGGCAUUGAAUGCCUCGACGAGACAUAUCAUCGGUGCGAAGGAGUUUGGUAAGAUGAAGGAUGGCGUGGUUAUUGUUAAUACCGCACGUGGGGCCCUGAUCGACGAGAAAGCCUUGGUCGCGGCGAUCGAGUCUGGAAAGGUUCGCUCUGCCGGUCUGGAUGUAUAUGAGAAUGAGCCUGCGAUUGAGCCAGGUCUUGUUACCAAUCCUCGCAUUAUGCUGCUCCCCCAUAUUGGUACCAACACCUAUGAGACUCAGAAGGAGAUGGAGAUCUUAGUGCUGGAUAACCUGCGGCUAGCAGUGGAGAAGGGAGAAUUGAUUACACAAGUUCCAGAGCAGAAGAAAUAG